AUGAGUCACCAAUUCUUGAACGGUGAAUCUGCUUCUAUUGUAGCAUCUGAAGCAUUUAGUGAACAAAUCUAUACCUACAGAUCAAUCAAAACAAGUGAUAAUGAAACCAUUUGGAAGAAUAAGCCCAAGUUGUCAAUCUAUAGACAAAAUGAAUUGAUCAUUGACUCAUCCCUGCAUACUUCUGCCCUUGUGUCCUCACAUACUUUGAUCUCUACUAUACCCCAAUUAUAUCAAUUGGCUCAAGCAAAUGCAUCAACUGUCAUUCACGUCUCGGCGGAAAACACACAUGCUUCCUUUGCUGAUUUCUCAAAUGUAAUGGCUGUCCGUCAAAGUGGCUUGACUCUCUUGUCAUCAUCGACUGUUCAAGAAGCGUAUGAUCUGGCUAUCAUCGCGCAUGUCGUUGCUAUCAAGACCCAUUCGCCCGUCCUGCACUUCUUUGACUCGAAGCGUAUCGCUUCUGAACAUGCUACUGUUCAGACCGUGACUCCUUCGAUCAUCUCGGAACUCAUCAAUUCUCAAGAUAUCGAAGCAUAUCAGCAGUAUCAACCUCAAUCGCAGCCUGCUACGGCUUAUCUCCAAUAUAAGCAGAAGCAAGCUGAAACCCCAGUCGAUAUCUAUGCUGCUGUACAGGAAGCUAUGGUUCACUUUGCUGCACUCACCGGUCGUCAUUAUUCACCCUUUGAGUACAGUGGACAUCCUGACGCAGAUCAGGUUGUGGUUGCCAUGGGAGCUGGUGCUACCGUGGUCGAGAAAACAGUGGAUGUCCUACGUGUUCAGGACAAGGAUGCCAAAAUAGGUGUACUCAAAGUCAGGCUCUACCGUCCUUGGUCUGAUAAGAACCUCUUCAGUUACUUACCUGCCUCUGUCAAGCGUUUGGCUGUCCUUGAACCUUGUCAAGAUGUUGCAUCGAGCUGGAGUCCUCUGUUUUUGGAUGUUGUUGCUGCUUAUCAGACUGCUGAGAACAAUCAGGUUGACAUCGUCAGUGGUCAAUACGGUGUGCGCGAUCAUGACUUUUCUCCUGCUCAUGUACAAGCAGUAUUCCAAGCACUUGCUUCCAACAUUGAACGGAAGUUUGUAGUAGCUAGUCUUCCCGCUGUUGCAGGCUCCUUGCAGGUCGUGCCAGAGGAAACAGAACAGUUUGUAAUUGUCGGUCAAGAAGAAGCUGCUCUUCAGUACGCCCAACGUGCUGUUUCUGGUGGUAAGUAUGCUCAGGUCUACACAGUCGAUGGUGUCUCCCAUGUCCGUGUCUCUUCUAUUCCUGGUCCUUUCUUGCCUUCUUUGGUCUCUCAAGCCAAGGCUGCUAUCAUCCUUGAAGGCGCAAGUACUGUCUCUGUUCCUAGUGCUCUUCAUGCUCUUGCUUCCUCAGGUGUUGUGGCCGUUACUGGUGAUCUUGAGCAUCUGUCAGAUGCUGCUAAAUAUGCAAUCAGCACAUCCAAGGUCAAGGUGGUCUCGUUCCAAGGCGAUUUUAAUAACCUCUCUACUACUUUGUCUGGUGCCAAGCUUGUUGCUGUCCCUCAAGACUGGUCUCAAUUACCGGUUGGUGCUGCUCCUUCAGCUGUCGAAGCUCCUGUCGCUGUAGGUGCGCCUUCCUUGGAAACACCCUAUGUCAAGCUGCUCGAUCAAGUGUUCCAAAACCGUUUGGAUAUUGCCAAUGCUGUUCAUAGUGCAUCCGUCUGGUCUCCUGAUGCUCAGCAUCCUGAAUCAGCUGCUCCCGAGUUUGGAUAUGGUAAGAUCCUCAGCAAGGUUCAGGAACGCGCUCGUUUCAUCGACACGGUUGAACGACGUGUUAAGGAGAACAAGGUCAAGGGCGAUGUCAAGACACUCUCUCAAUGGCUUCUGACUGUCAAGUCUACCACUUAUGAUGUCAAGGCCAUUCAAAAGGCUGCUGAUGCUGUCGUUGCUUCUGCCACGGAUGAAUAUGUCUUGCUGAACAAGGAUUUGCUGUACCCCAAGUCUAACUGGCUGAUUGGUUCUGACUCUUGGGCUUACGAUCUCGGUCAAUCAGGUGUGCACCAUGUUAUUGCUCAAGGCGAGAACGUCAACAUGCUGAUCAUUGAUACUUUGCCUUACUCCUCUUCAGUCGCUCGUGAUCAACGUAAGAAAGAUAUCGGCCUUUAUGCCAUGAACUUUGGUAACGUCUAUGUUGCCUCAGUCGCCAUCUACUCAUCUUAUACUGGUGUCCUUCACGCUCUCAUGGAAGCCGAUGCCUAUCAAGGUCCCUCCAUCGUCUUGGCCUACCUACCUCAACAAGCAGACGCUGUCAAUGAUCCUCUCUACACUCUCAAGGAAACCAAGGUCUCUGUUGACAACGGAUCAUGGCCACUCUACCGAUGGAACCCUGCUUUGGAAGCUCAAGGCAAGGAACCUUUCUCUCUUGACUCUCAACGUAUCAAGAAGGACCUUGAAAAGUUCUUGGAACGCGAAAACCACUUUUCACAAAUUGUCGCUCAACAUCCUGAUAUGUCACAAGUCCUCGUGAGCUCUUUAGAAAAGGAUGUAGAAAAGAGACAUGAUGAAUUGAAACGCAAGGCUCGCGAAGACUAUGCCAAGUUACUCUCAGGCCUGAGCGGUGCCAAUGGUCCUCCCUUGACUGUCUUGUUUGGUUCUGACAAUGGUAACGCUGAAGGUGUCGCCAAAAAACUGGCUACUCGUGCCAAAUCCAGAGGUCUUCAAGUAAAGUUGAUGGCUAUGGAUGACUAUCCAGAUAUUCAAGAACUGUCUGGUGAAACCAACGUGGUCUUUGUUGUCUCUACUGCCGGUCAAGGUGAAUUCCCUUCAAACUCGCGUGAAUUCUGGAAAGCUCUUAAUGGUCUGAUCCUUGGCGAUAUCAACUUUUCUGAACUGAAUUAUGCUGUCUUUGGCAUGGGUGACAGCCACUACUGGCCACGUGAAGAAGACGCUAUCUUUUACAAUCGACCUGGUAAACUCUUGGACGCUAAACUCGAAGCCCUGGGAGCAACUCGUCUUGUCGACUUGGGUCUCGGUGAUGAUCAAGAUGCUGAUGGAUACGAAACGGGUCUUGCUGCAUGGCAGCCUGAAUUCUGGAAAUCGUUGGGUGUCAAGGAUGUGGGUGCUGAAGAUGAUGAACCCAAGUUGACAGACGAUCAAAUGAAGAUCAAUUCCAAUUACUUACGUGGUACGAUUGCUCAAGAUCUUUUGGACGAAUCAACAGGCGCCAUCAGUGAAAUCAACGGUAAAUUGCUCAAGUUCCAUGGAUCCUAUGGUCAAGAUGAUCGUGAUGUGAGAGAAGAACGCAAGAAGAUGGGCCUUGAAAAGGCUUUCAGCUUUAUGAUCCGUGUCCGUAUGCCUGGUGGUGUGUCCACGCCUGCUCAAUGGCUUGUUAUGGAUGAUUUGGCUGACAAGUAUGCUAACGGUGCCAUCAAGUUGACCACACGUCAGGCCUUCCAGCUUCACGGUAUUCUCAAGAGAAACUUGCGUUCGACCAUCCGUGGCAUCAACCAUGCUCUUCUCAGUACACUGGCCGCCUGUGGUGAUGUUAAUCGUAAUAUCAUGAUCUCGCCCGUCACCGAGAUUCCUGAAGUUCACGAACAAGUGCAAGCAUUCGGCCAAGAACUCAUGGAACAUUUAGCACCCAAGACAACGGCCUAUCACGAAAUUUGGUUGGCUGAUGAACAAGUGGCUGGUAAUGCUGUCCAAGAUUUUGAGCCUCUCUAUGGCCCUACCUACUUGCCUCGUAAGUUCAAGAUUGUCAUUGCUGUUCCUCCCAAUAAUGAUGUGGAUAUCUAUGCUCACGAUUUGGGUUACAUUGCUAUUGUUGAUGACAACAAAAAGGUGGUUGGUUACAAUGUUACUAUUGGUGGUGGUAUGGGUAUGACUCAUGGCAACAAAAAGACGUAUCCUCGUCCUGCUACCUUGGUUGGCUAUAUUCCUGCUGAGCUGGCUGUCAAGUGUGGUGAAGCUGUCAUGACAACUCAACGUGACUAUGGUGACCGUACCAACCGUAAGCAUGCUCGUUUCAAGUACACCAUUGACACGUAUGGUAUCGACUUUAUCAAGAACGAGAUCGAGACUCGUAUGGGCGUCAAGUUCCAAGAUCCUGCGCCAUUCGAAUUCAAGGACAACGCAGAUCGAUAUGGCUGGACCAAGGGCGUGGGUGACAAGUGGCAUUUCUGUAUGUUUAUCGAGAAUGGUAAAGUCAAGGACUGGCCCGACUUCCAACCCAAGAGUGGUCUUCGCGAGUUAGCUCAAUGGCACAAGGGUGAGUUCCGCUUGACACCUAACCAACACUUGAUCAUUGCCAAUGUACCUGAGGCUGAUUUGGAAAAGACCAAGGCUUUGUUGGCCAAGUACAAGAUGGACAAUCUCUCAUUUACUGGUCUUCGUAAGAAUGCUAUGGCCUGCGUUGCUUUACCUACUUGUGGUCUCGCCAUGGCUGAAUCUGAACGUUACUUGCCUACUUUGGUUGGUCACCUCGAAAAGGCAAUUGAAGCUGCUGGUCUCCGUGACGAUGCGAUCACUAUCCGUAUGACUGGUUGCCCUAACGGUUGUGCUCGUCCUUACUUGGGUGAAAUUGCAUUUGUGGGUAAAGCUCCUAAUACGUAUAAUGUCUAUCUGGGUGGUGGUCAUAAGGGUGAACGAUUGAACAAGUUGUACAAAGAAAGUUUACGUGAGGAAGAAAUUUUGAAAGAGAUCAAUCCGAUUAUUAAGCGAUAUGCCACUGAACGAUUACCUGAUGAACCAUUUGGUGACUUUGUCAUUCGUGCUGGAUACGUAAAGAAGACAAUAACUGGAACUGACUUCCAUGAACUUUAA